CUUUCUUGCGGUGCCUGCUGGGAAAGAGAGGCGCCAGUCACGGUUCGGCGCCGAUCCGCCAGGCUCUGCUUCCCCCGCGGGAUCCUCCGCGCCCUCGGCGUCUCACGACCGCUCUGCGGAGACGCACCAAGCGACGCGCCGCGGCCUCAUUCCCAGAGCGCUCUUUUUCACGCCCGCCCACUCCUGUCUCGGCAACUUCCGCUUCCGGCCCCACCCUUCCGCUCCCACAGUGCCCCGCGCCGAAUCAUGGACCACAAUGAUUGAAAUGUGUCAACCACAGUACUAAGAGAAAUAAAUACACUUGACCCAAAGAAAAUUGAGGUUCUUGAUUUUGAGACAAUGAUUUGCAAGGAACAAAUAGUUCAGGAUCUUUGGGUGGUCUUGAUGUUCGUAGAAGAAUCCCUAUAAAGCUUAUCUCAAAACAGACCAAUAAAACCAAACCUGCACCUCGAACUCCAAGAAAUAUGAACAGGAUGCCUUCAAAGACACAAGCUGGUGAAGAAGAAGAAUUUGAUUAUAAUGAAGAGGAGCGAUAUGAAUGCAAAGGGGGUGAAAUGUUUGGAAAUCAAAGGAGAUUCCCUGGACCCAUCUUUUGGGACUAUAAGAUAAACUUGCUGGGGGAAAAGGAUGAUACACCUGUCCAUUUCUGUGAUAAGUGUGGAUUGCCCAUCAAAAUGUACGGACGCAUGAUACCUUGCAAGCAUGUUUUCUGCUAUGACUGUGCUAUACUACAUGAGAAAAAGGGAGACAAGAUGUGUCCAGGCUGUAAUGAACCGGUGCAGCGAAUUGAGCAGUGUGUACGGGGGUCUCUCUUCAUGUGUAGCAUUGUUCAAGGGUGCAAGAGAACGUAUCUGUCACAGAGAGACUUACAAGCUCACAUCAACCACCGUCAUAUGAGAGCUGGAAAGCCUGUUACUCGUCCUCCUCUUGAACCUGUUCAUCCUCCUAUUGCUCCACCUCCUGCUGAAAUUCCUGAGCGUUUCAUAAUGCCACCUGACAAGCAUCAUAUGAGCCACAUUCCGCCAAAGCAGCACAUUAUGAUGCCACCACCUCCUUUACAGCAUGUGCCACAUGAGCAUUAUAACCAGCCACAUGAAGAUAUUCGUGCACCUCCUGCAGAGAUGUCGAUGGCUCCACCACCACCUCGCCCAGUCAGUCAGGACACCUUCCGCAUUUCAACGAGAAAACACAGCAACUUAAUAACCGUCCCUAUACAGGAUGAUUCGAAUUCAGGUGCUCGAGAACCACCUCCACCAGCCCCAGCACCUGCUCAUCAUCAUCCUGAAUAUCAGGGUCAGCCAGUGGUAUCGCACCCUCACCAUAUUAUGCCUCCACAGCAACAUUAUGCACCCCCACCCCCACCGCCUCCACCAAUAAGCCAUCCGCUGCAACAUCCUCCUCAGGCAGCAGGUACUCCUCACAUGGUAUAUAGCCAAGCUCCUCCUCCACCAAUGACCUCUGCUCCUCCUCCAAUAACCCCCCCACCCGGACAUAUAAUUGCCCAGAUGCCACCAUAUAUGAAUCAUCCUCCUCCAGGACCUCCCCCUCCUCAGCAUGGAGGCCCACCUGUAAAUGUAAAUGCACCCCCUCCCCAUCACUAUAAUCCUAACUCUUUGCCACAGUUCAGUGAAGAUCAAGGAACUCUCAGCCCCCCUUUCACACAGCCAGGGGGGAUGAGUCCAGGGAUAUGGCCUGCUCCGAGAGGGCCACCUCCACCUCCGAGAAUGCAGGGGCCUCCUGCUCAAGCCCCGCUUCCUGGACCACACCACCCUGAUCAAGCGAGAUACAGACCCUAUUACCAAUGAUAUGAGCAAUUAUAUGAAUAGAGAGUGCUAUGAAGAGGAUAAAACUAUAUACAACAGUCUUUUAAUUAAUUGUUUUGGGGUUAUAUUUUUUUUAAUACUGUCAUUUUGACUGUAAGACAUUUUGGGGUUUGAAUCUUCAAUAAUUUUUAAACCUUGGCCGUAGGACUCUGACUUCAAAUAUUCAGUAGUGCUAAAAUAAGUGGCUUAGUAGACCACAGUUGCAUUUUAACAGAACUUCUGUCUCUAGUGUGGCUAAAUUGUCCUAAAAUGAACACUUGUAAUAUUAUUUCCUAGAGAAAAUGAACAUGCAUUGUACCAAUAUUGUUUUUGUUAAAUCCAAUGUUUAGUUUCACUUGUGAAUAUGUUUUUGUUAACCUGUGUACAAUAAUCAAAUUGAAAUAUGGUUGUAAAAGUUCUGGGCUUCUAUGGGAAGUUAACACAGACACAGUUCCUGGACACCGUUUUGGUACUAAUACUUUCCAAAUGGGCAGCAUAAUGAAGUACUAAGGAAACUUUAAUUUCUCUUAUAUUAACAGUUACCAUUACUUACAGUGAAUUCAGGUUAUUCUGACACUAUGGCACUAGAAAUCAGAUGUGCAAAAUACUGCAUCUCACUUUUUUCUUUUUUUUUUAAUUUUGUAAUAUCAGGAGAGCAAAAAUAAAUAUAUCAGAAAUGCAGCUUUGGGCAUGACAUAAAACCAUGUCAUGAGGAUUUUUUGUUUGUUUUGGGUUUUGUUUGUUUGUUUGUUUUUAAAAAGCUCAGUUUUGGCUCAGAAGGUUCUGUUUACAUGUACACUCCUCACUGGUGUUGAAUUCAAACUAUUGUGUUUACCUAUAGAUAUGUUUGUGUGGAAGUGGCCAUGGACGGACUUGCCAUGUCUGUGAGAGAACCGGAUUAUUUUUUGGAGGGAAGUGGCAUUUGCCUGUGUCACUUUAUAUGAUAUGUACAGUAGGAAAAUUUCCCAUUUUGAUAAUUUGAAAGAAGGGAUCUGAAAUCUGUUGUGUAGAUCUAAAAAAAUAAAAAUAAAAAUAAAAAACCCUACAAAGCCUUUAUCUGUUUCAGUUUUGUGGUAUAGAUUUAAUUGAACAGACAAUGGUUCAUAUAAAGGUUUUGUCUUUUUUUUUUUUUUUUUUUUUUUUUUUUUCCCUCCAAGCAGAUAUUUAAGGAGACUGUCAGGUCUGUUUUGGUCUAAAAUUUAGGUUUUAUAAGCACACUCUUAAAUACAAAUACAGUAAAAGUAAGAUGUGAAUGUUCUCUGUAAUGCAGCUGGUAGCAGAACCAGACAAUGAUAAGACAGUGCCGUCUGUUGUUUGGAAUGCUUAUCUUUGCAUUUCAAAUCAGUGUUAGUGCUGAACUUUCUUUUUUCAAAAUGUCAGUUUUCUAGCAGUGGUGCUUUCAGAUAGAAAAGAAAAUCCUGUGGGUUUUUUUUAAGGUUUGUAAUUUCCUACUAUUCUCAAAUAACCUGAACUGUCUUCUCAAAACCUUAGUGUUGCUAUUUGUUUUGUAAACCUCUUUUUCUUGCUUCAUUAUUUUGAUUUGUCAAAGAGCCUUGGUGGUGCAACAUUCCAAAUUUUGUAAUUUUACAUAUAAACUCCAUGUUUUCUAAUCACCAGAGCAAGUGCCCUUUAGAUUUGCUGUCUGUCCUUGACUGCCAUUGAUUUCCUUGUGACCAUGGGCAAAUCUUUUAGACUACCUUUCAAAUAAAUAUAGAUGCAUGACAAAUCUUUAGAGAUGUGCAAAUAAACUUUGAAGUAUACAAACGGUCAGUAAGUGUCAACUGGUUAAAAAUCUGCUUAGCUGUAAUAUGCUUAUUUCUAAGAACCAGAUUAACUUUGUUUUCGUUUCUCCGAAGAAUGCAAAAAUUCAUUUUAAAUAAAACACAUGGCAAAGAAAAAGACUCUGUGGUAGAACAAUACAGUACAGGGUUGCUGAAAACUGACUUUCGGUGUGGGUGAAGGAGAAAAUUGCUCUGUCACCAUUAUUUUGUUUCAGUAAUUUAUAAUAAAUAACAUAAAGAACUUUAAA